AUGUCGCCGCCGCUCUUCAGCCUGCCCGAGGCGCGGCUCCGAUUCACGACGUCCACCAGAGAUGCUCUGACUCACAAAAGUAUCAAGCCAUUGUUGAAUGCAUUUAACCAGAUUCCUGGGAGUGAAAAUGAGAAGAAGUGCACCUUGGAUCAAGCUUUUAGAGUCAUUUUAGAGGAAGAAAUAAUAAACAAAGCUCCGUGUGAAAAUCUCCUGGCAAUUAUUUCUCUUGCUAUUACUGGAGUCACAGAAGGCAUCUGCACUGCAUCAACCCCUUUUGUGCUUCUGGGAGAUGUUCUGGAUUGUCUGCCUUUGGAUCAGUGUGACAAAAUUUUCACCUUUGUGGAGAAAAAUGUUGCUACCUGGAAAUCAAACACCUUCUACUCUGCAGGGAAAAAUUACUUGCUGCGGAUGUGCAAUGAUUUACUUAGAAGAUUGUCUAAGUCACAAAACACAGUCUUCUGUGGAAGAAUCCAGCUGUUCUUGGCUAGGUUGUUUCCACUUUCAGAGAAGUCAGGGCUUAACUUGCAGAGUCAGUUCAACCUGGAAAACGUCACUGUGUUCAACACCAAUGAACAUGAGAGCACUUUGGGACAGAAGCACACUGAGGAGAGGGAAGAAGGAAUGGAUGUUGAAGAAGGUGAAAUGGGAGAUGAUGAAGCACCAACAAGUUGCUCCAUUCCCAUUGAUUAUAAUCUGUAUAGAAAAUUCUGGUCCCUUCAAGACUAUUUCAGGAAUCCUGUGCAGUGCUAUGAGAAGGUGUCAUGGAAAACUUUUCUCAAGUACUCGGAAGAGGUCCUGGCUGUUUUCAAAAGCUACAAGCUGGACGACACUCAGGCAUCCCGAAAGAAGCUGGAAGAGCUCAAGACAGGAGGAGAACAUGUGUACUUUGCAAAGUUCCUGACCAGUGAGAAGCUGAUGGACCUGCAGCUGAGCGACAGCAACUUCCGCCGCCACAUCCUGCUGCAGUACCUGAUACUCUUCCAGUACCUGAAGGGACAGGUCAAGUUUAAAAGUUCCAACUAUGUUCUGACAGAUGAGCAGUCCCUGUGGAUUGAGGACACUACAAAAGCAGUGUACCAGCUUCUGUCUGAAAAUCCUCCAGAUGGGGAGAGAUUCUCAAAAAUGGUUGAGCAUAUAUUAAACACUGAGGAAAACUGGAAUUCAUGGAAAAACGAAGGCUGCCCCAGCUUUGUGAAAGAAAGACCUCCUGAUUCCAAGCCAAUGAGGCCUGUGAGGAAGAGGCCAGCUCCAGAAGACUUCUUGGGGAAAGGACCAAACAAAAAAAUCCUGAUGGGGAAUGAGGAGCUGACCCGCCUCUGGAACUUGUGUCCUGACAACAUGGAAGCUUGCAAGUCUGAGAGCAGGGAGUACAUGCCCACGCUGGAGGAGUUCUUUGAGGAGGCCAUUGAGCAAGCAGACCCUGAGAACAUGGUGGAAAACAAGUACAAGGCUGUGAACAACUCCAACUAUGGCUGGAGAGCACUGAGGCUUUUGGCACGCAGGAGUCCCCACUUCUUCCAGCCAACAAACCAACAGUUCAAGAGUUUGCCUGAGUACCUAGAGAACAUGGUCAUCAAAUUAGCCAAGGAGCUGCCUCCUCCCUCUGAAGAAAUAAAAACAGGCGAGGAUGAAGAUGAGGAAGAUAACGAUGCUUUACUAAAGGAAAACAAUGAAAGCCCAGAGGUGCAGCGGGACAAGGUCAUGACUGGGGAGCAGAUCGAGUCGUUUGCCAUCAGGCUGGGGGAGCAGUGGAACGCCCUGGCCCCCUACCUGGAGAUGAAGGAAGCGGACAUACGGCAGAUCGAGUCAGACAGCGAGGACAUGAGGAUGAGAGCCAAGCAGCUGCUGGUGGCCUGGCAGGACCAGGAGGGCACUCAUGCAACCCCUGAGAACCUGAUCCUGGCCCUGAGCAAAGCUGGGCUCAGUGACCUUGCUGAGAGCCUCAGCAACGACACCGAGGGCAGCAGCUGACAGCCUCAGGAGGGAAGCUCCUGGGGCUUGGUGCGGGCUGUUCACUGCCCCUCCUGGCAGGUGCUGCUGCUGAGUGGUGUUACUGGUCAUGGUCCCUGUUGGUGCCAGGCAGCAGGGUUUUGAUAGGUAUUUUAUG